UGAAUAAUUUUUUUCCCACUCGUUUUGGAAGACCAAAUCUUCGGGGGCCGCAGCGAAACUCUCCACUGGCUGCGAUUUACCCUUUUUUUUUCUUUUAUUUCGCGAGGAGGGACGAUGGUGCGAGCAUUCUCCACCAGUUUGGCUAUUGGCCUCGCCCUCAUGGCCUGUGCCGUCUUUCCGCGGACCACAAUGGCCAUCGAUCUCAGCAGAUUUUACCACUCGCACUCCAAGCGCUCGGGAGACGCAUGCCACCCUUAUGAGCCGUUCAAAUGCCCCGGCGAUGGCACAUGUAUUUCGAUUCAAUAUCUGUGCGACGGAGCCCCAGAUUGCACGGACGGAUACGACGAAGACUCUCGCCUCUGCACAGCUGCAAAGAGACCACCGGUGGAAGAGACCGCGAGUUUCUUGCAGUCUCUCCUGGCCAGUCAUGGACCCAACUACUUGGAAAAGUUGUUCGGCAGCAAAGCGAGGGAUGCCCUGGCACCCCUCGGUGGUGUGAACAUGGUUGCUAUCGCUCUCUCCGAAUCACAAACAAUCGAAGAUUUCGGGGCUGCCCUCCACCUCAUGCGCUCGGAUCUCGAGCACCUUCGCUCCGUAUUCAUGGCAGUGGAGAACGGCGAUCUUGGUAUGCUUAAAUCCCUCGGAAUCAAGGACUCGGAGCUCGGUGAUGUCAAGUUCUUCCUCGAGAAGCUCGUCAACACCGGCUUCCUCGAUUAAACACUUUUCCCGAAUGACAUUACACAGAAGGCAGUUGUGAAACGCGUCAUCGCGCCUGCCUCCUACGCUUUUUCCGCGGUAAUGGGCCCCGAGGGCACAUCCAAUAUUGUCUUUAGGAGUUUUACGAGAGACAUUUGGAAUUUAAUGUAAUCCAUCACUUCACGAAAUAGGUGGGAGUGCAGUGACGCGGGAAAUGGCUAUGUGCCCUCUGAUAUCAAUUUUGUAUACGAGACAUUCUGCGCUGUUUUACCUUGUCAACAUUUUUUGAAAAGUUUUUAUACGAUUUUCAAUAAUUCAUUCCGCAUUACGUUCCACAAUAUAUUGGACAACAUGUUUAAUAAUUUGUUGGGCAAUGUAUUUGAUAAUAUUUUGAGAAUAUGGUGAGACAUAUCGAAUAAUAUUUCUUCAUGAUAUCACAUAAUUUUUGGAUUCGUCAAGUUUCCAAUGAUUUUUCAUUUCGAUCAUUAUGAUGAAGAGGUGCUUUUGGACUAGACAUUGAAAGGCAUGAAUUAAUCAAUACUUUAAUUGGUUGUAUUCAUUAAUAUUCGUCAAUAUUUUUGAGUGGAGAAUUAAAUAUUUUCGGUGGAAAAAUGAAUAUCGCUCUGAAAUUUUUCAAUACCGAAUAUUCUAUUCUACAAUUCAAAUAAUAUAUUGAAUGACACAUGCCAUUUCAAAUUCUUCUACAUUUCACAAGAAUUUCUUCAAUUAUUUACUAAAAAUUAUGAGUUUGGCUUCAUUCUCUCUUCCUGAUAAAAAUCGGGAUUUUAUUUGAGUGGAAUUAACGUGGAAUAUCCCAAUCUCUUUUUUCAUUAAUAUUUGUCAAUAUUUUUGAGUGAAGAAUUGAAUAUUUUCGGUGGAGAAAUGGAUAUCGCUCGGAAAU